AUGUCGGCGACACAUUUUGUCCCUACAACCUCUUCAUCCAUUAUCUUCUUCCGAGCCCUGGCAAUUGCCUCGACAGCCCGAUCCUGCCCUCACCAUGCUUUGAGGACCUUCUCUUCUAGCAUAGCCACUCGGCAAUCGUCAAAGCGAGAAUUAUACACCACACCAUCUUAUCAGCCUCAUACACUGCCCGCAGAUUUUCCUCUACCUCCCAGAAACACCAACAUUCCUGACACCUCGAUCGCCGGACCUCAAACGCAACUCAGUGGCACGAGACAAGACCAACGAAGCGCUGCACAGCAGAACAAACUUGACGAGGCCGCAAGUAUAAGUGUGCCAGAAAGAGUGGCGCAGAAACCGAAGCCAGUAGAGACAGCGCAACCCGAGCAGCCCAAAGCUGCGAAACCCCGGCGAAGCAAACUACGGCCUCGGAAAGCUGCCAUGACGAUAACACCCACCGCGCUGGUUCAUCUACGCGAACUUCUGGAUCAACCCGAACCCAAGAUGAUCAGGGUGGGCGUCAAGAAUCGCGGCUGCUCGGGUCUUGCAUAUCAUUUGGAAUAUGUAGACAAGCCUGCCGCGUUUGACGAAGUCGUCGAGCAAGAGGGCGUUAAGGUCUUGAUUGACAGCAAAGCGCUCUUUAGCAUCAUCGGGAGUGAAAUGGAUUGGCAGGAAGAUAAGCUGAGUGCUCGGUUUAUUUUCAAGAAUCCUAACAUCACUGAGCAAUGCGGCUGUGGCGAGUCCUUCAGCGUGUCGUAA